AUGGGGAUUGCAGUCUACAACAUCACCGCCACCUCAGCGAUGGUGAGCUGGCCGCCGUCGUCCCCCAGCUGCCUGGACACCUUCUACAGCGUCAUGUACGACCCCAACUGGAACAGCGUGCUCAUGGGCUACAAGCGCAAGAGUUUCAUGCAUGAGGAACGUAUCCCCGUCAGUCAGAGCAGCACCCACCUGGCCAACCUCCUCCCCCAGAGCGCCUACUUCUUAUGCGUGACAUGUCAGGCCGCCAAUCCAGUGCCGGACCAAUGCCAGGUGUUCAGCACUCUGAGUGUGAGGGGCGAAGGUCAUGAAAGAGCGGGCUGGGAACUCGCCAUGGGCGUCUGGUUGACCUGCUGCAUCUUACUGCUGGUCAUCGCCAGCAUCCUGUUGUGGGGAUGUCUUCACACCAUCUGCUCCCUCCAGAGCCAGGCCUCUGACGGCAGCCCAGUGGUGAGCAACUCCACCCUCCAAGACAUGUCUGGAUCUGCACGCCUCUACACUCCCCGAGGCAGCACGGACGCCACUAAACAUUCCACCACCAUGCCGCCCCCCCUCCUCUUAGCACAGCCCACUGGCCACAUAAUUACCCAAGACCACGAGCUGAGGACACUCGCUAAGCUGUCAGGCAGUGAGCCAGUGUGA